GCUGGCAGCGCUGUGCAUGAGCGGCUGCCUGGCUGCCCCAGCGCCAGAGCCAGCUCCGGCACCAGCACCGGCUCCGGCGCCAGCUCCUGCUCCUGCGCCCAGUCUUGGCCACGACUACUUGGGCUAUGGCGGCUUGGGGCUGGGUCUGGGCCUGGGUCUCGGCGGUCACUAUGGUGGCUUGGGCUUGGGACUGGGCCUGGGCUACCAUGCACCCAUCGUCAAGACCAUUGCAGCGCCCAUCGUCACGAAGACCAUCAUCGGCAAGAGCUAUCUGGGCGGCUAUGGCUACGGCCUGGGCCCCGGCUAUCUGGGCGGCUACGGUCACGGACUCUACGGACAUGGACUGGGUCUGGGCUUGGGCCUGGGUCUGGGCUAUGGCCAUGGCUACGGCUGGUGA